AUGGGUGCCUCAUAUGGUUACCACAAAUCGCUCGCAUCCUUUCUCAGACUUCUGGUGAAGCCAAGGCUUCAUUUGGACCCCAAACCAGAUGAAGUAGCGUUGAUUCCAUCCAGGGAUGAUGGUCGAACAAUCAAAACCCAUAUCUACAAACCUACCACCACUGGGCCUACCCCUGUUGUAAUCAACUUUUGCGGAAGUGGCUUCGUCCUCGGUACCUUUGGAAACGACGACGAGUACUGUCGCUACGUUGCGGACAAAGCAGCCUACACCGUCAUCGACGUCCAGUACCGUCUCGCCCCAGAACAUCCCUUCCCGGCCGCCUUCCACGAUGCCGAGGAUGUAGUAAGCUGGGUGCGCUCACAGCCCGAGCGCUUCGACCUGUCUCUCAUCUCCCUGUCGGGUUUCAGCGCAGGCGCCAACAUCGCAUUGGCCGUGGCGUCAUCGUCCGAUAUCCUCCCCGUGGGCGAAAAGAACAUCUUCAACGCCGUGAUCUCCUUCUACGGUCCAAUGGACAUGUCCCUCCCAACGCCCGAAAAACCCCAAGCCGACCGCUCGAACUGGAUCAUGCGCGAUAUCUUCCCGCCCUUUUCUCACUUAUGUCAUAAAUGCCUUAAUCUGGAUCGGGUUGACCCCACCGAUCCGCGCAUGUCGCCCAUCAAAGCGGAUCCCAAGAACUUCCCGGCGAAUGUGCUCAUGAUUACAGCUGCGCAGGAUCCGUUUGCGAUCGAGGCGGAGAAGUUGUCGGAAGUGCUGAAUAACACCGAAGGGAAGUACUCGGUUUCUCAGAGAAUGGCAAACUGCGCGCAUGGCUGGGACAAGGAGGCUAUUCGGGGGUCGUCGCAGUGUCAGGCGAAGAUCGAGGCUUAUGACCUAGCAGUGGAUAUGUUGAAGCGAAGGGGCUCAGCACAGAGCGCCGAAAUUAAUGUUUAG